AUGGUGUUUGUCGUUGGUUCUGUUGUGGCCGUGACUAGUCAACCGUGCUCGACUUUCCUUUCCUUUCAGCCUUUCAUUACGGUUCGUGUCUGGGCCUGGUCUUCGCCGUCUCUUCUGGAUCUGUUCUACAUCCGAAUUUCACGUUACACCGGAGUUGCAAUCCCAGCUGCUUGUCUCCACCACUUCAACGUCUGUCUGUAUGCCCUUGUGAUUUCAUCCCAUCUCAACCCACCGACCUGUCCAAUGUUUCGGUUCCCAAUCUUUACCCCCCUUUGCUCUCGACUCUAUUGGGUUGCGGUGUAUUCAUCCACCAACUAUAUCAUCAGUCCAUCUUCUUUUUCAGUCUACCGCGACGCCACGCCACCCUCGUGCGUCCAACAAAAUGAUUCUAUUCUAGUCCGAUACCCGACGCUUUCGUCUCCUUACGGUGUCGUCCAUAUGUUGGUACGGUAUCAAUUGACGUACCACGUUCAUGUGUCCACCGAGCUCGGAGUUUCCCGAAUGGAGUAUUCCACCUCUGGGAUAACUUAUCGAAUCGCCCCCGUGGACCUACUGGUCCUAUAUACUCGGAACUCGCGAAUCACGGCUCUUGGUGCUUUCACGUCCUGCUCUUCUUCCCUUGGCCGAGGUGGACCAGUCUGCGAGGCAACGAGGUGCAGGGGGGAUCUGGACGCCCCUGGUGAGGCCACCAGAUAUGAUGUCCGAGGCCAGGACAUAUUGGAGGCGUGGCACAGGGACGCGACUUGGUAUGACGCAAAAGUAUCUCCUUUGGAGAGAAGAGAGCCAAUAGUGUCGGUGAGAUCACCCGACCUCCCGAGAUCGUUCGUAUAUCUAAUUCUUUCGCCUAGGUACUAUGAAGAUCGUGAAAAUCGUGGGGAAACUCCAGCAAGACAUUAUUCUCUCAAUGAAAUGGUCCUGACACAUGUUUUCUGGGGUGACCUCGAGGCCGCGAUGAGAUUGCUGGCACACUCGGCUAUUCCUGGGCCCAGUGCACUCCUGAAUGAUGACUGUUUGGCCGGAGCACUGCCCAGCAGCUAUCUUCCUAGUCCUUAG